GCCCAAAAUGUGAAAACAGGAAAAUACCUCUGUGUAAUCCAUUUAUUUCAACAAAGUAACUGUAAUCCAAUUACCACUCACAGAAACAGUAACUGUAACUGAAUACAGUUACUCAUAAUUUGUACUCUGAUUACGUAACUCCGGUACAUGUAAUCUGUUACUCCCCAACACUGAUAAUAAAUAAACUAAAAUAUAAAACAGAAACGCGGAACGUUCAGUGUCAACAAACACUUUCCCAGUCGGGUCUAUUUCCCCGUCGGACUUCGUUACAAUCGGCUUGUGUUCAGAUUUUUUUCUACUACAAAAUGCGUUUAUUUCUCGUUUAUUUAUUUUAUUACCGCGCUAAUUUGACAUCGACAUAACAGCGGCGGUAGCGGAGGUUUAUCGGAGCAAGAUGUCACCGUAAAACGUCAAAUUAGAUCACGUCAAUAGUGUUUUUUUUAGGCGGACACGCGCGUCUGUCUCGCCGCUUUAUGCUACGUGUCCAGCGGCCAAGAGGAGCUCGACCUGCGCACCUCCCCAUGGAUCCUGACGCCGAUUUUAAGCUUUUAUUGUCCAUUUAAAACGCUAAAAUGCAUCGCAGACGUUUUGUUGUUGUUAAGGGUGGAUUGCGUUACGUUUGUGCAAAAAAAAUACAGUGAAUUAUGUCACAUUUAAAUGCCCGUGAAACGUGAAAGAGCCGCGUCCAGACUCGUCCACCACAUCUCCCUUCACCAAGAUGAUGUACUCGUCCAGAAGAAAGCCCGUGCUCUAUUUCAAAGAGGAGAAAAGGUUUCCGUGGAGUUCCUGGCGUUGUUCCCGCUGUAGUGUUUUCCAGCUCUUCGGUCUGUGUGUUUUCCUCGUGCUGGUGUCUCUCCUGUGGCUCCAGCUCACCUGUUCUGGAGACAUGUCCUCGUCCCAGCGCUCGUCGGCCCCGUGCCCGCCCCCGGCCCCGUGUCCGCACCGGGUCCCGGGACCGGAGCCGGACCCGAGCGGCUGGGGCCCGCACAAACUGGCCCUGAUCGUUCCGUUCAGGGAGCGGUUCGAGGAGCUGCUCGUCUUUGUGCCGUUCAUGCACAGUUUCCUCAACAAGAAGAAAAUCAGACACAAGAUCCUCAUCGUCAACCAGCUCGACCACUACAGGUUUAACCGCGCCUCCCUGAUAAACGUGGGUUACCUGGAGAGCGGUAACGACACCGACUACUUGGCCAUGCACGACGUGGACCUGCUGCCCCUUAACGACGCCCUCGACUACGGUUUCCCCAGUGACGGACCCUUCCACGUCGCGUCUCCGGAGCUGCACCCUCUGUACCACUACAAGACCUACGUGGGAGGAAUCCUACUGCUCACCAAGAAGCACUACAAGAUGUGUAACGGCAUGUCCAACCGCUUCUGGGGCUGGGGGAGAGAGGACGACGAGUUCUACAGACGUCUGAAGAAAGCCGACCUGCAGCUGUACCGGCCGACCGGGAUCACCACGGGCUACAAAACUUUUCAGCACAUCCACGACCCGGCCUGGAGGAAGAGGGACCAGAAGAGAGUCGCAACACAGAAACAGGAGCAGUUUAAAGUGGACCCGGACGGCGGCCUCUCCAACCUCAUGUACUCUGUGGAGUCCCAACAGGAAAUGACCAUAAAUGGAGCUCCGUGUACGAUCAUCAACACCAAACUAGAGUGCGACCAGGAGAAAACGCCCUGGUGCCUUCUGGGAUAGACUCACAUUACCUCGGCAUUCUGCGUAAACUCCACAGACCUCCUCAGCCUGGAAGCAUGGGACAGAACUGCAGAGAAGAAUGAGAAAGUAGAAUGGACUUUCCAAUGUUUACCUGUAGUACGGCGGCCAUCUUGUGACUGUAGGGCAUAAUUAUGGAUCUAUAGGCGAGUUUCAGCUGACGUCAUUGUUAUUAAAAGCCCGCGUUGCAUGCUGGGAAAUAUUUUGGUCGGAGGCAAGAAACACGAUAGCGGUCAAACACAGUGCGUAACCUCGUGUAUUUAUCCCCAAUAAUGGUAAAUUCCUGCCGCAUUAUCGGAUGCACAAAUAGAAGCACGGAAGAAGGAAAAUGUCUUUUUCGUAUUCCGAGUGAAAAGAACCGCUAACGGUGAAUUAAAUGGCUUUCAAACAUUCGCAGAGCAAACGUAGAAGAUCCUAGCAAACCGUGGACUCCAACAAGUUCAACGACACAUCGAGACUCUUGGAGGUUUUGAUCUUUUCUGCUGUGAAUGGCCCAGGAGUUUCCACCAAGUCAUUGUGGAUAUCGCCGAAGUGAAUAUUUGUCCAGGUAGUUGGCGAUUCUGACCAGAAAUUUGGUUUGGUCCACCUUUUGUCGGGGUUGAAAAGGAUGAUUUGGCGUCCAUCGAUGCUUAUGACUAAUUUCUGGUCAAAUGGUCUUGGGUCCUCUGCCGUUAGAGUGGAUAAAUAACCGGGAUCAAUACCCUUUACGUGCUUUCUCGCUCUGUCCGUCAUGUUGAAUUAGUGUUUCUUGCCGCCGACCAAAAUAAUUCUCAGCAUGCAACGCACGCUUUUGUCAACAAUGAAACUCGCCUAUACUUCCCAAAAAACAUGUAACAGGAGAAACUAGAGUAAAUGGCGUCCAUCUUGUGACUGUAGGGCGUACUUAUAGAUCUAUAAUUCCAUGGUUUUACCGUAUACACAGGCAAGAAGAGAAACUAGAGUGGAUUUUCCAAUGGUCACCUACAGUACGACCGCCAUCUUGUGACUGUAAGGCUUACUGCUGGAUCUGUACUUCCCUAGUUUUACCCUAGACACAGGCAAGUCUAGAGUUUACUUUCCAAUAACGGCCAUGUUGUGACUGUAGGUUUGACUCAUGGCCCUAUACUUCCAUCGUCGUCUACUCUAUACACUUGUAAGAAGAGAAAUUAGAGUUGUAUGGCAGCCAUCUUGUGACUGUAGGUUUUACCUCAUAAACAUGUCAACAAAAUGUUAGCUACUGUGUCUUUUAUAAUCUCUAAUUGCAACAGCAGUAAGAUCUCUUAUUCAGGGAUACAACAACUAUUUUAGGCAAGAUUUACCAACGGUACCAAGACUUAUAUCAUUUAUGUUUUAUAUUUUUCAUCUUUGUUUAAUUGAGCAGCCUCUUGUUUACAAGUUUUACACUAUCCUUAACUGACAAGCGCACAUUUAAGAACUUUAACUAUGGAAGAUAAUUUGUCCCAUCACAUUUUGAAUUUUAAAUACGACCGAAUUUCUCACUUUGAAUUUUUUAACUCUGAAAAAAGAUGUUUGAAUUGUUUUUAUUCUGAAUUUUAGUGGCUGAAAUUUGAAGUUUACUUUCAAUUCAAAAUAAACAAAAAAAAUCACCACAGAUAUUUUCAAGUCCUCCAGUUCACCAGUCGAAAUUCAGAACGUAAAAUUCACAGUGAAAAAUUUCACAGCAAAAAUCCAAGAUGCCAAGGCAGAAGCAGUCGAUCAUGUGAGCGAGGAGGACGGAGGUUGUUUCCUAUUGGCUGUUCUCAUCUGUGGGCGGGUUUUACACUUAACAAAUCAAAAAGAUGAGGCUAAUUUUGACCAAUCAGAUCGCGUCGCCGCAACAUCUCCUGUUUCUUACUAAGUUAGAUCGGUUCACUUCGGAUUGAUUGCUUCUGCCUUGGCAUCUCGGAUCUUUAUUGUAAAUUUUCAUCACUGCAAAUUUUACACUCUGAUUUUUGAUUGUUGAAUUUGAAGGCUUGAAAAUAUUUGUGCUGAAUAUUUAAAAGGUGAUUUAUUUAUUUAUUUUUUUAUAUAUAUUGAAUUUUAUACACUGAAUUAUAUUUAUGCUGAAUUUUUGUUUGCUGAAAUUUUAAGUGUACAUUUUCAAACAUUUUUUUCAGAGUAAAAAAAUCAAAGUGAGAAAUUCAACAGCAUUUAAAAUUCAAAAUCUGAUGAAACAAAUUAUCUUCCAUAUUUAACUAGGUAAAAGUCAUUCAUUAUCUCAAAACAUUACGUCCUACCGUCACAAGAUGGCGCUGUGUCCACGUCUGUGUCCCCUGCAGCGUCGUACUCCUCUCUGCCUCGACCCCGCUGCGUUCUGGGAAGCAUCUAAGGACAGAGCGACUAAAGAAAAAUGAGAAUACAGAAUCUCCACGAAAGACUACAACCACAACGGACUACAAAUGCAAUGCCUUGUGGGUAAAAAUGUCUACAACAAGCGCGAACUCUAUUGAGACGCCGUUUUUGGAUUUCUGAAAGGAUCUGAAAUGCAACCAGGACAAAAACUGUGACUUUUGAACUUCAAUAACUGUAUUUCUAUCUGGUUUUAAACUACUGGAUAUUAUUGGAAAGAUAAUUUAAGUAUAUUAAAAGGUCUAUAUUACGCUUUUUUCUGAUCUGUGUUAUUUAUAAUGUUGUUUCCUCGUCACAAACAGACCUGGAGUUGUGUUUUUUUGGUUUAAUUCACACAUUUAACACACAAACUCUGCAGAUUUAUCGAUUUUCAGCCCUGGAAUCGCCAAAAGGAGCCAUUAAAACCACCACUUCAUGACAUCAAAAGGUGGAACAGAGCAUUUUGAGGUUUGGAGAUGUGGACAGGCUAAAAAUAAACGAUUAUUCCAAACAAAACACAACUCCGGGUUUGUUUUUGAGGAGGUAACAACAUUAUAACAUGGAUUAAAUCUCUCAAAAGUCAAUUUUGCGUAAUAUAGGACCUUUUAAGUGUUUUCGGUUGUUGCUUUUUUAUGAUUUUGAAAAGUUUCUGGAACGUUUGUGGUCUGGACGAUGGACACGGAGCAAAAGUAGCAUGGUUCAAAGACUGUCACACAAAAUUAUUAUUGUUUUUAUUUUAUUUUUGUUACAUUUUGUGUUAAGAAGCCAAAAAUG